AGCUAAGUGCUGACCGAGAGCACAGCAGUAGCGUCAAUUGAUAAAUGGGAUUGAUCGAAAUAGGCUGACUGGUUGAUUGAGGAAAAGCAAUGUCGGCGACAGCGGAUUACGCUACGCCCAUCCUUUACAUCAACAUGGGAGGAGAAAUGCUGUACGUUUUGCAGCAACGGCUGCAGACUCAAAAAAUCAGCCCCGAUAAAACCAUCCAAGUGCUGAACGAGGUCAUCUUCGCGCUACUGAACCCGAAGCAGUUGGAGCUGAUUUGGGUGAAGGGGCCGCUGAUGGGGCUGGGCCAGCUGCGCCCAAUCCUGGAGCGAGUCGUGCUAUCGUCGAUUAUGAAGCUCGACGCUAAUAGCAUGGCCAAACUAUUUGACCUGAUGAUUAUGAUGGUCAAGUAUCAGUUGACCACGGCCACCGGGCCCCGCGAGCUAAUCCUCUCAAGUCUCAACCACCUGGACGCCAUUCGCGACAUGGCCGCGACGGAUAGUAGCCUAGGAGACCUCGUCGAUGCCUGCCACCGCCGUGUCCUUGACACCUACGGCCAGAUGAUGCACAAACAGGUUUGGCAGAUCAGGACCGAGUGCCUCCACGAGCUUCAGCACCACAACGUGCGAGUGUCGAUUCUGCUGAGGCUUGGCAUGCAGAACCAAGACGCCACGUUCAACCGCCUGACGCAGAGGUACGACGAGAAGUACCAGGACCGCGAGCAACUGCUCGAGAACCUGCGGCUCGUCGACGUCGUCGCGGACGAGGAUCCCUCGAUAGGUCAGCUUAGCCUGCUCGGUGACCGCGCCACUCUCCUCGGCAAGAACGCGUACUGCACGAGCUACGGCCUGGCCGCGCCGACGUCCUCCUCCUGCCGUAACGUACUCGAUCAGCAGACGAUUCCGGCUAGAAGCAACAAGGUGCUGAGGCAGGAGCUGCAGACGCUUGCCACGCAACUGGGCAAGGAGGAAACUGCGCCCGCGAGGCCCUUCAGCCUUCAACUGCAUUUGCGGCACGAGGAGAACGCCAAUCGAGUGGACGAGAGCGCGGUGAACCAGCCGGUCGGCCGACCUACGACCGAUGAAAACUACGACAACGCACGCCAAUAUCAGCUUCGACCGGACGAUCAAUACAGAAACACUCUCAUCGACAACGUCAAUGCGCAAUUCGCGGACGACAACGACAACGCCACUCGUACUGAUAGCGUAGAUUUCAUGAAUUUGUUGGAUGUCGUGUAAUCAAUGUUCAUUUUCGUAUGCAAGCUAGCCGUUACAAGUGGUUGGGUUCAAUUGAGCAGCGCUCUCUUAAAAACUCGUGUUUGUCUUUAUUUUGAUCAAUAAAAAUAUCA